CCCUGCCCUCGAGAUGAAUCCGAUGGAAGGAUGCUCUGCAGCGUGCCUCCUGUGACACCACACGACGUAUUGGAUCUGUGAUAAGAGGGUUAGCUCUUCACCGCUCCAGAAGUCGAGGAACAACUCGUGAUAGAGCGCCCAAGCAUGUCAGGCAUGAGGAGAGAGAGCCCGAGUCGGUGUAAAUGGGCCAGAUGCCGAGGAAUCCCGAAGGCUCCCCGCAUCAUCUAGAUCGUGAGGUUUGUUUAUGCUUAACGUAAGCGGACUUGGUGCUAUUCGCCUCCUCUACUACCGGCCCCAACGGGCUUCGGCCGUCAAGCUCGAUGCCCACUCGGUGCCGGGAGAAUAUCCUCCAUUGGCCCCUCGAGAGUCCCCGGGCCUAGACCCGCGACGGCACGACAAGCGGUCGCCAGAUCGGUCGAGGGGGGCCGAUAAGGAAAUGAAAGGAGAGGGGGAUGAAAUCAAACUGGACAGAGUACAACAAAAUGCACGUCGCAGAACUCGUUCAGCUCUGCUCGCCCAGCCAUAUGACGUGAAUGCGCCGUUUGUAGAUAAUCUCGCUAACGAGCCUCGGAUAUACAAGAGCUUACAUCGCGAUUCCGCCGGCGGUGGGGACACAUCGAGCGUGCCGUCCUACACAGCGACAGUUGCCCCCCCCCUUCGGCCCUCGAUGACCUGCCCGCCUGGCGUAUUUCGAUGCGAUCAAGUGCGACCUCGACACAUGCAUGAACGGGAUGGGGAUGCGACGCUGCAUGCCGCGAGACCUCUCCUAUUUCCGUUGGGUGCCAUCCGGGGCGGCAAACCGGAAACGAUCGUCUUCUCCCUCCCUCCCCAGCUAUCGUCUCGGUGCGGCGACGAGUUGCUGGCGCGCUGCAUGUAGAUCGCCGUCUAGGGAGCUUUUUGCAUACUUCUGUUAAAGCGGUGUCUUCCUCCCCUGUGAUUACUCUCCUCCCUUUUGUCCUCAAUCGAUGCGUGAUGUAUAUAAUGCCGCAAUAACGUUUAAUGCGCCUUGGCUGUGUCUAGUUACUAAUACUGACGGCCAACUGCGAACAGAAACCUCUUAUCAUCCAGGAAAGGAAACGAGGAAAGAAGGAGACGAGGACA